AUGGAUUCAAAUGGAGAAGAAGAUUCAUCUAUGGAGUUAUUGUUAAAGAGGAGUCUUUUAUCCAGAAGCAAACUGGCGACGAUCACUAAAGACUUGGAUGGUGUGACACAGUAUGUUUGUAUUGAAUGUCAUGCUCAGUAUGAGGAUAAAGAAGAAUUAGAAGUGCAUUUGUGUUCACAUUACAAUGAAUAUAGAUUUCUGUGUGGUAUCUGUGGAACAGGAUUAAAACGUAGAGAGCAUUUAGAUAGACACAUGCAAGGACAUAUGGAGGUACGGCCUCAUGUAUGUGAAGAAUGUGGAAAGGCUUUCAAACGGAAAGAACAUCUUAAUAUUCACAGAUCAAUCCACAAAGGUGUUAAAACAUUGCAGUGUUCCUUGUGUAGUAAAUGUUUCUAUCGGAAGGAUCAUCUCCAGAAGCACAUACAGACUCAUAACAAACAUUUUAUAGAGCAGAAUAUCAUACCAAUGAACGACCAAGAACUGAGCAUAAAAGAAGAGGUUGAUUAUGAUUUGGAGGAUAUCAAACCUAUUAUUAGUGAUGUAACUGGAACUAUAGCAGACCAGGAUACAUCUAUGGAGUCUGAAGACGCGAACGACCUGCCAGAGUCUAUGGACGCGGUAGAGGGCCUGCACACACUGACGUUGCAACACGCAAAGAGCUCUCGCCCCUUCGUUUGUACUACCUGCGGCAGGAGUUAUAAACGAAAGGACCACCUCAAGAUUCACAGCUGGACGCACGCUAAAAAAGAAGUGGCCUGCAAGAUUUGUGGAAAAGAAUUCCACAUGAAGGAGCAAAUGCUGGUUCACGUCAACUUGGUGCAUCUGAAGAGCUACGAGCAACAAAACAACUUGUCUCAACUGCAGAGCCUGCUCGGUAACGACAUCGAAGUUGAAGUGCUGAAUAACGAACAAGAAUUGCUCGUGCCACGCGCCAUCAAAGAGGAACGUGCGCACGAGUGCCCGAUCUGUCACCGCAAGUUCAAGCGGAAACAGCACUUGAAGGUGCACGCCAACGUACACCUUAGGAACAAGCGGGACUUCUUCUGCAACACCUGCCAUGAAGGUUUCCGAGAUAGAAAUGAAUUCGCGAAUCACGUGUGCCCAAAUAAGGAGGAAAAUCAAAAUGGCGGGUCCGAGAACGAGCUCGAACAAAAUGGCGAAUAUGAAGAGACCAGCUACGAUGAGUCAUCACCUAAUGGAAGAAAGGAAAAUUAUCCCCAAGACUUACUUGAGGUGGUGGUGGAAGAAGCGGUAAUACCGAGUCCGAUGCGCGUUUUCGUCUGCAAGUACUGUGGCAAAGCGUUCCGGCGGAAAGAUCACUAUAAGAUACAUUUGCACAUACACACGGGUCACAAAUCGUUCUUCUGUCCCACUUGUGGGAAAGGUUUCUAUCGUAAAGAUCACCUUCAAAAGCAUAUGAUAGUCCACGCGAAAAGCAAACUCAAGGUCGCGCCUAGGUCUCCGCAACUCCCGGUUUAUCGUGAGAUUUUCAGCAGCCCAGCGCCGUCACGCAACAGAAACGCGACAUCAAAGAAGAAGCAGAUACCGGGACUGCUUCCGAUUUCGACGAAAAAGGAGAAAGAGAAGAGGGAGGUUAAACCGGAAAUCACCAUACAUGCGCCAUCAUCUGCUAAAAUCCUGAUGCCGCUUCAAAUGAAAGUGCCCUACCAGAUGGUGAUGUCAUUGGACAAUGGGGAGCAGCGUGCGGUCACAGUGGACCCCACCGUGGACGAUUCUAAUGACGAACAGGAUCCCCUCGAGGAUAUGGAGACGGCUAUUCUCCCAAAUUGA